AGGCAGGGCAAUCAGCCCCAGUAGCCCACUACUACUACUACCUCCAUCACCACCGCCACCGUCAGGACAGCCACCGUCAGUACAGCCACCGUCAGGACAGCCACCGUCAGUACAGCCACCGUCAGUACAGCCACCGUCAGUACAGCCACCGUCAGUACAUCCACCGUCAGUACAGCCACCGUCAGUACAGCCACCGUCAGUACAGCCACCGUCAGUACAGCCACCGUCAGUACAGCCACCGUCAGUACAGCCACCGUCAGGACAGCCACCAUCAGUACAGCCACCGUCAGUACAGCCACCGUCAGGACAGCCACCGUCAGUACAGCCACCGUCAGUACAGCCACCGUCAGUACAGCCACCGUCAGUACAGCCACCGUCAGUACAGCCACCGUCAGGACAGCCACCGUCAGUACAGCCACCGUCAGUACAGCCACCGUCAGGACAGCCACCGUCAGUACAGCCACCGUCAGUACAUCCACCGUCAGUACAGCCACCGUCAGUACAGCCACCGUCAGUACAGCCACCGCCAUGCAGGUGUCAUUUGCAUGUUCGGACCAGGACGGAGGAAGAGGAGGGCUGAGGCCCCCGGGGAAUGGAGGGCACAGCAAGCAGAACGCCACCAGCCCCAACACGGCCAGCCAGGCGCGGGCACGCUUCCGUACCGUGGCCCUCAUCGCCCGCAGCCUGGGCUCCUUGACCCACCGCUACCACCACAACCUCAAGGAGUCCACCGCCAAGCUCACUGGCAUGAAGUACCGGAACCUGGGAAAAUCAGGCUUGCGUGUAUCCUGUUUGGGUCUCGGUACUUGGGUAACAUUUGGAGGUCAGAUUUCAGAUGAGAUGGCUGAGCAGCUGAUGACCAUCGCAUACGAGAACGGGGUCAAUCUCUUCGACACGGCCGAGGUUUACGCCGGGGGGAAAGCUGAGAUAAUCCUGGGGAACAUCAUCAAGAAAAAGUGCUGGAGGAGAUCCAGUCUGGUGAUCACCACCAAGCUCUACUGGGGUGGAAAAGCAGAGACUGAGAGAGGACUCAACAGGAAGCACAUCAUUGAAGGUCUGAGGAGCUCCCUACAGAGGAUGCAGCUGGAGUACGUGGAUGUAGUGUUUGCCAACCGGCCCGACAGCAACACACCCAUGGAAGAGAUUGUGAGGGCGAUGACCCAUUUGAUCAACAAUGGCAUGUCCAUGUACUGGGGGACAUCACGAUGGUCUGCCAUGGAGAUUAUGGAAGCAUACUCGGUUGCGCGGCAGUUUAACCUGAUCCCUCCAGUGUGUGAGCAGGCUGAGUACCACUUCUUCCAGAGGGACAAGGUGGAGACACAGCUGCCUGAGCUCUACCAUAAGAUAGGUGUGGGUGUGGUCUCCUGGUCGCCUCUAGCCUGUGGAAUCAUCACUGGGAAGUAUGAGAAUGGUAUCCCAGAAUGCUCCAGGGCCUCCAUGAAGCAGUACGCCUGGUUGAAGGAUAAGAUAGUGAGUGAAGACGGGAGGAAACAGCAGGCCAAGCUGAAGGAGCUCACUAUCAUCUCUGAGAAGCUGGGCUGCACUCUGCCACAAUUAGCCAUCGCCUGGUGUCUGAGGAAUGAAGGAGUGAGCUCAGUGCUGCUGGGAACAUCUAACCCCAUCCAGCUUGCAGAGAACCUGAGGGCCAUGGAGGUCAUUCCAAAGAUGACUGCAGGCAUUGCCACAGAGAUUGACCACGUCUUGGGAAACCGACCCCACAGUAAGAAGGACUUCCAACAAGCACAUUAGGAUGGAGCCAUUCUACAGAACUGUGACUAAUCUGGACAAGCUCUCGUCAGUGACACCUCCAGUCAUUGUGUGCCCAACCCUGUGUGUGUGUGUGUGUGUGUGUGUUCUGCGCAGCUCCUUGUCCAAAAGAAAAUCAACCAGUACUCAGUGUCAUUAACUGAGAGCUCUGCUUGACAAAGCAUGCAUGCCACACAGCUCCUCCACUCCACUUCAGUGUAGCUCAAACCUGCCAAACUAACCAGCCGUUAUCAAGAUAGCUAUCAAGUCAGACUAAGAUCUCCUGAAUCAGUUGAGGCUGCUGAGAGGAGGACGGCUCAUAAUAAUGACUGGAAUGGAGUAUAAUAGAUAGAUAGAAUGGUAUCAAUCACAUGAAAACCAUGUUUUUGACACCAUUCCAUUUACUCCAUUCCAGCAUUCUAUGUAGAAGCCUCUGUAGGCUACACUGGACAUUUAUGAGGAUAAACUCUUGGACAGAGGACUGUGUUCCUGUCCUCAGUGAUUGACAUGGACAAAUGAUCUGUCCAUGAGGGUCAGUCCUGGCUGUGCCCCUCCUACCCUACAAUUGAGUGCUUACCUAACCCUGCAUUGUUGUAGUGAUAAUUAGCUGUUUCGAUACAUGCUGACGUCUUGUGGUUUUUUCAUUUUUUUUCAUCAUGAUGCUAAAAUACCAACAGAGUUGUGUUGGAUUUAAUAUUUCAAAACGACAUGUGUAAUGACUGUUAACUGAUUUCAUUUUUUUUCAAUGAAUGCAGAAGAACACAGUAUUAUUGUGAUAGUACUUUCAUAGUAUCUUCCCAUUUAUCUUUUACAAUGCAUUGUCUCUUCUGCUAACAGAUUUUGCAGGCAUGUACAUAGGUCUACCAUUGUGUAAACAGCAUUACUGGUCACUAUCUAGUACCCUCAAUGCACAUACCGAUACAUUUUCAUUUUAUCCAAGUUAAACUGUAAUGUAUAUGAUGUAUAUUCUACUCAUUGUCAUUGCACCUGGGCUAAAACUGAAUACAAUGUCUGUUCAAAUGUAAAAUGGUAUUAUGAGAUUAUGUUAGAGGCUGAGUGUUCAGUCGAGACUCCUUAAUUGAUGUAGUUGUUGUUGUUAAUUUGUACAUAGUGUAUAUAAAUAAAUAUCCAGUGUGAA